GGGUAUGAAUGGAGGGGCAUGGCGGGAGAGGGGGUGUGAUAGUACGAAGAAGGGAAAAAUGAGACGAAGUGAGGACACCAAUGGGGAAGGCAUGAGGGUGGAGGUGUGAUGGGACGAAUAGGUGUAUUGGUGCAUAAGGAUAUCACCAUAAGUUGGCAAGGUCAUACACUAAGUAUUUUGAAACUAUGGUAAAUAUAUUUUAAAACUAUGGUAAAUCUUCUAUCUAUUUACUCCAUGACUGUAAAUAAAAAUGCGUGCCACUCGGAGUCAAUUCGUAUCAUCUUUUGAGCCUCUUAAACUAAAUUAUUUAAAAUAUUUAUCUCCUCCGUAACCUUUGUUUAAAAAAACAUCCAUGCGACCUUGUUUGUUUUUCAUAUCGUGCAAAUAAAACAAAAGCUCGCAGUGCAAGCUUCACUCUCUUUGUACUUUCUGUCAAAAGAGUUGCAGAUGAUCUUUUCCAACUUGUCAAACCAAAUACCAUAAUUCGAAGAAGUACUAAGUGAAUUCCUUAAGAAUCUAUGUCAUAGCUACCUAAGGGCUAUGUAAACCACCAGAAUGUUUUUAAAUGUCCGUACUCAGUUUCUAAUAACGCUCGAUACCUUCUAAGAUGACAUGUUUUAUAGGUGCUCCAUUGGUAUUUAUUUCAGUCGUGUUUAAUCACCAUCACUUCCCGUCACUCAAUCCAUUGUCCCUUCAAUCCUAGAACAUCAAGAUGGGGAGGUAAUAACUCCAGUGUCACAAGAAACAACGGAUUCCUGACCGUCCUUCGCGUGAGGCCAUGCCGCUAUUGUCCAACACUUCGCAUGAGCCUAAACAAUACCACAAUCCAUCAUAGUGAACGCGUGACUGGGUUUUCUGCGGGCUAGUGCUCUCCGGGGUUAGGAUCUAGGAUUAGACUGUCCAUUCAAUGUUGGCGGAUGUUGGACACGCACCCCCUGGGCUUUUCUUUGCGAGACGAGUUAUGCACUGCUUCUAGAAAAUUAUAAUAAAGUUAUCCCUGUUUUGCUUUUUAUGUAUCCUUCCGAAUCCUCCUUCCGUACAAUGCCUCCUGAAAUGGACCCCUCAGUUGAUGUUUGUCUUUUGUAUGAUUCGCGAUCGUCUUUGUUUUGACGUUAAACGGUGCGGAUUUGGGUUGCAAUCUUAGCUCAUGUAGGGGACACACUAAAGUGAUGUGUUUACUGACGUGCACAUAGUUAGCUCUGAUGAGUCAUUAAUCGCUUUACUUCACGACAUUAAACCUGCAUUUUCUUCAUUUUGUGAUUUGUCUAACAUCUCUCACCGUAUAAUGGGUGAUAUCACCGUAUUGCAAGGGCCUCGGGCUUGCUAAACCAUGCCUUAUUUGCGUGUCGUCUCAUCCUCCAAACAUGAAUAAUCAUAAGGCCCAAGCACACUAAGGGUUAUUUUUAAAGCAGCUCAAUUUCCUCUUAAGUUGAUCCGUAUUUCUACUAUUGACAAGUUGUUUGCGGAGAUGUGAUACAAUAGUGAUACUAGUAUCGCGCUGCGUGGAAAAUUGGGUAAUAGCGCACGGCAACCUCCACCUCCUAUUAUCCACCUUCGCGUGCACACUUCACGGCGCGGGUAGAGAUCGUUUGGAGGAGGUGUCGUUACCCGCAAAAGGCGUUAGUGCGCUGCUCGUCUCCAGGGUCAUGUGGCCGGGUGUGUUUGCAUGCUGUGUUUGUACAAGUCACCUCUAGACGGACCCUGACCGUGUGUUCGUAAUUGACCACGAUUACUUUAAUUAAUUUUGUUGGAUCUGCAUAUUGUGGCGAUAUAUAGGUACGGACCGUCUGAGCCAGUGCGAUGUUAGAAAGAGGCGCUAUGAACUCUAAGGAGGCGCGCUAAUAUCGUCGUACAAAGCUUUUAAUCACUGAAAUCCCGUGUGUUUCCCAUUUCCUGGAAUGCUGUGGGGCCAACUACCACACGGCGUUCGUUCUGUUUUUUGCCGGCGUGCUUUUGAAAUCAGCCAGUUCUACGAGUAACACGAUGAGAGUGCAGGCGCUAUACACACCAUUCAAGCUUUCUCUACUCAUAUUCGCAGUAAGAGGCUGUACACCAACGACAUCCGUAACAGGGCACCCCGCUCGUUCGCUGGACCCACACGUCGAAAUCCAGCGCCUUCGUACGGAUCCAUUUAGCCUACCGUUUUACCGCGAAACACAACUGUACUCGCGCUCGAGUCGUGGACAUCUCCGCAUCUUUAACCGACAGAUAGACGCGGAAGGCAAGGACGGUGACCCUUAUGCCAAACUUAUCCUAGAGUCGGACACUUUUGGCGGCCGAGUAAAGAUAAAAGGUGACAAAACUAAGCACUACUUGUGCAUCAAGAAGGAUGGUCGACUCACGUCGAGGAAGAUUCCAAAGAGCCCCAAGUGUGUGUUUAAGGAGGCAUAUACCGAUGAUUUCUUCACGCAAUUUAUCUCGGCUUACAACCCGAAAUGGAUGAUAACCGUGUCUAAGAAGGGACACACAAGACCGGGGUUCAAGGGUCGCAACGGUAGCAGGAGCGUCCAGUUCAUCGCAAGGGCGUCCAAAAUCGUCAUCGAAACAGACAUUAUGAAAAAUUACUUCAGACAACACAUUUUACAGCUCUUACGAGAAUACAGAAUCCGUAAGGGCACGCUUCCUUCCAGGGUAACCAACACGGACAACUACAAGUCACGCCUGAGUAUCAAUGAAAUUGUCAGUAAAAAGCUAAAGAAAAAAAGAAAGAAGAAGAAGAAUAGAAAGUUGAGGAAAAGGAAUCGUAAGAGAAAACAGCGCAAGCUUGCAAGGAAGAGACUAAAGGAGAAAGGAGUGGAGACCGCGGACCCUUGACAAUUGGCUGGAAAUAAAUGACUGACAUGUCAGAAGAGUGGUGAUGCCAGCAUAAAGCAUGGGGGGUGUGGGCCUUGCCUAUUACUUCUCUUUAUUAGUAUUAUUUCAACAACAACAACAACCAAAAGCAACAAAAUAGUUAUUGACGACUCAGGGGGUAAUUAGCUAAUUAAUCUAAUGGAUAUUUUAAAGUCAGGAAUCGGAAGAAAGAGCAAGGUAGACUUUUUUAUUGUUCUUGUCAAUUCCAUAUUUUUACGCCUUUGUUCGUACUUCCGGUACGAGUAAUACCAAACGUAACACAGCAUGUUCAUAAUCUCGAUUAUCAGUAAGAAUCGUCUGGGUAUUAUCUCUGACGCAAGAGCAAGCGCAACACAAGUGUGAAUCGGUCACACACAAGCGCAACACAAGUGAGAAUCGGUCAAACACAAGUG